CCAACACCAGCCUGACAGAAAACACCGUACACAGGGAACCCUAUAUAAGCUCUGCAGCUGUCAGGUGAAGGACACUGGCUGCUUUGCGCUGGGGAACGACUCUCUCUAUAGGGGAUUACAGCUCUAGAUACUCAAUAGAUCCAAACUGUAACCAUGUCUCAUGCUUGGGGAUACGCAGCGAACAACGGACCUGAUAAAUGGUGCGAUAAUUUCCCUAUUGCCAAUGGACCCCGUCAAUCUCCCAUUGACAUCGUACCUGGUGAAGCAUCUUUCGACGGGGGGCUGAAGCCUCUCAGCCUGAAGUACGACCCCUCCACCUGCCUUGAUAUUCUCAACAACGGACAUUCCUUCCAAGUGACCUUCGUAGAUGACAACGACAGCUCAACUCUGACAAACGGACCAAUCUCAGGGACCUACAGGCUCAAGCAGUUUCAUUUCCACUGGGGUGCUUCUGAUGACAAGGGCUCUGAACACACUGUGGCCGGGACCAAGUAUCCUGCUGAGCUCCAUCUGGUGCACUGGAACACCAAAUACCCAAGCUUUGGUGAGGCUGCCAGCAAACCUGACGGACUCGCUGUAGUGGGAGUUUUCCUGAAGAUUGGUGACGCAAAUCCCAGCCUCCAGAAGCUUCUUGAUGCUUUCAAUGCCAUCAAGACCAAAGGCAAACAGACUACUUUUGCUAACUUUGACCCUGCUACCUUGCUCCCUGGCUGCCUGGACUACUGGACUUAUGAUGGCUCUCUGACCACACCCCCUCUGCUGGAGAGCGUUACCUGGAUUGUCUGCAAAGAGCCCAUCAGUGUCAGCUGUGAGCAGAUGGCCAAAUUCCGCGGCCUGCUCUUCUCUGCUGAGGGUGAGGCCGAGUGCUGCAUGGUGGACAACUACCGCCCUCCCCAGCCCCUCAAGGGUCGCUCUGUCCGUGCUUCCUUCAAGUAAUACCCCUCCCCCCCUUUACCCCUUCUGCCCUUUUGCCCACUCCCUUCCCCCCUUCCCUUUAGUCAAAUGCCCAGUUACCUCUCUUGCAGUUAGCCACAAAGCACACAUAUCUCUCUCCGUCCAAUUUUUGAAGAAAUGAAUUUCCUGUGAUCCGUCGCUUUUAACGCUGGGCAAUCUAACUGUGAAAUGGAGCACUUGCAGGAUUUGCAUCUCUGUUUCUAUGUGUGUAAUAAGCCAGCAAAGAUGCCCUGUCGUAAUUUAUUUUAUAAGACAAACACUUCAUGGUGGAGGCGACACGUUUACCAGGAUUUUGCAUCUGGUGUUUUUAGAGACAUUACACUGGUCCUCUUUGCGUUGCCCAGGAUGAAAAAUGAAGAUUAAUUACAGUCAAAAUGGUGCUCUUGAGCCAGCAGGAAGUAGAAGCACAAGCUAGUUGCAGUAAGCAGGGGGAGGAUGAAACUAUAUCACCAUCUGUGAGGAGGAGGGUAAGGUGCAGAUAAAAGACGGCUGCGCGUUCAGACACACACGCUAGUCCACAUACACUCCCACUGCCAGUCUGUCUGUAAUCUCUGACUGACUGCCAGCCUCUGCAUCACAGCAGCUUAAUGAAACGCUGCAGCCGCCUCCAUCACAACCAAUUGACUCAGAAAAUCCCCCUCUGGCACAUACACACACACACACACACAGCCAUACACACACAACAUUGCAUGCAGUCUCAUGCAGACAAGAUGCCUAUAGGCACUGACCUGCUUAUUGAUUUCACAACACAACAACAGAGGACAUGAGGACAGACUUCUGCUAGUGCUACCUACUGAACAUCACGACAAUGGCUUACUUCUGUAGUCUGUUUUUACAACCUAAUCUUCAAAUCUUUCAUGUGUUUGUCAUCCCAUGUUGU